AAACAGCUCGUCAACCACCCCGGUAGCUUGCUAGCCAACAUAGCCGAAAGAUUCAAGCUAUUUAUACGCUUUCGAUGUAUAUUAGCUACUGUGUAUUAGACACACUUCUGUCGUAUCUACUUGUUAACCUAUUUAAUUUAAUAUUACGUUAUUUUGUAUUAGUCAGCUAUAGUAGCUGGCUGGUUAAAUUAGCACUAGCCUAGUCGCUAACGAUAGCUAGCUAGCUAACAUCCCCGAACAUGAGUUCCCUAAACUACUCCCCUCCUGUUAAAGAAGAGGACGUCUGCUGGACGGAGAACGAGGGUCUCUGGCAGAACAUUGUUGUGAAAGAGGAGAAGGAAGAGGAGGAUGUCACAGUAAAACAAGAAGUAGAGGGUGAGCCUGUUACAGUGAAAGAAGAAGAGAAAGACGUUCCAGUGAAAGAAGAGGAAGACGCGUUCAGAGUGAAAGAGGAGGCGGGUGUUACAGUAAAAGAAGAGGAAGAGAAAGAGGAGGAUGCAGUUUUUGGAGUGAAGGAGGAAGGGGAGAUUACUGUCACAUUGAAAGAUGAAGAGGAGGAGAUAGGAGAUCUGAUUAACACCAGAGAGAGACGGGACUACGGUGGGUCCUCUGGGGAGCCUCAACAACAUGAUGCUGACGAGGCAGAGAAGAGUCUCUCCACAUUAGAACACCUCAAGAAACAUCCGCAGAGAUCCACAGGGAAGAGAAUUCACUGCUGCUCUGACUCUGGGAAGAGAUUCACCUCCUCAUCAGGCAUUAAAAUUCAUCAGAGAAUCCACACAGGAGAGAAACCUUACGGCUGUGAUCACUGUGGGAAGAGUUUUGUUCAAUAUAGCCAUCUGAAGAUACACCAGAGAACACACACAGGAGAAAAACCUUUUAGCUGUACUCAAUGUGGUAAGAGUUUUAGUCAUUCAACCAGCCUGAUAUCACACCAGAGAACACACACAGGAGAGAAACCGUAUAGCUGUGAUCAAUGUGGGAAGAGUUUUACUCAGCUAAGCAUCCUGAUAUCACACCAGAGAACACACACAGGUGAGAAACCUUAUAGCUGUACUCAAUGUGGGAAGAGUUUUACUCAGCUAAGCAACCUGAUAUCACACCAGAAAACACACACAGGAGAGAAACCGUAUAGCUGUGAUGAAUGUGGGAAGAUUUUUACUACUUCUAGAAAUCUGACUCGACACCAGAGAAUUCACACAGGAGAGAAACCUUUUAGCUGUACUCAAUGUGGGAAGAGUUUUACUCAGCUAAGCAACCUAAUAUCACACCAGAGAACACACACAGGAGAGAAACCAUAUAGCUGUGAUGAAUGUGGGAAGAGUUUUACUCAGCUAAGCAACCUGAUAUCACACCAGAAAACACACACAGGAGAGAAACCUUAUAGCUGUAAUCAAUGUGGGAAGAGUUUUACUCAGUCAAACAGCCUGGUACAACACCAGAGAAUACACACACAUCACACAUGAUGUCACAAUGUAGAAUGUUUUAACAUUGUACUAGGAGAAUUUCAAUAAUGUCACAAUGUAGAACCCUAAACGUUUGCCCCUUGUUCUAUUGAUUUCAACAUGAUAUGGAUAUUAGCCUUAGGGGAAAAAAUCCAGGCUCUGAAUUGAACAUUGUGUUGAGUUGUGUUACACUUUAACACGUUGGUGACCCACUGGAAUCAAAAUGCAACACUUCAAAAUGUAGUGAUCUGUUUUCUACAAGUUGUCCUCUAACCAGUGAUGUACACAUUACUCCCAGAUUCCGUGUGGUUUUUGAGCUGUUCGUUUUAACAGGACGUGCAACCUCAUACCCCUCCUCUCGCACAAUUGAUUUCAACGUGAUAUCGAUGAGUGAUUGCGUUCCUUUAUUUAGCGACCCCUAAAUUUAAAUGCAUCACUCCAAAAUGUAGCUGACUGUCUUCUGCAGGUUGACCUCUAACCAGUGAGUUAAAAGAUAUCAGCCAUUUCCAUGUGUUUUUUUUAGUUGUGUUAGAUUCAACAUCACGUACAACCUCAUUUCCACCCUAAUCGAUAUCAGUGAUUUAUUGCUACUUGUCAAAACAACAGCGUUUCUGGUGCUUGUGCAGUUUAUAAGGAGCUUGUUUAAAUAAAUACGAUUAUUGUGGCAGAUGUUUGUGUAUAUAACACAUUUUAUGUUUUGUUUUUCAAUAUAUCAAACUGUUUCUGCAUAUUUGUUAUUGAUUUGGACAUGUUAAAACAGUGUUUUGACAUUGGGGCUAUCCCACCUAGCAAAAUGUCUUUGAAAAGAAGUUUAUGCCCGAUGUCCAAUAUUCGUUUUAGUUGUAGUUAAAUUACUUGAAAACAACUUAUUUUCAACGUACUUUCGGGUAGCCUGGUGGUUAGAGCGUUGGGCCAGUAACCGAAAGGUUGCUGGAUUGAAUCCCCGAGCGGACAAGGUAAAAAUAUGUUGUUCUGACCCUUAACAAGGCAGUUAACCCACUGUUCCUAGGUCAUCAUUGAAAAUAAGAAUUUGUUGGUAACUGACUUGCUUAGUUAAUAAAGGUUAAAUAAAAAGUAGACUAGAGUUCUUGAAGCUAGUGAGCUUUUGGAUUCUAUAAAGAAACAUUUGAAGAAAAUAAUACUAUUGUAUAUUAUUAUUUAGAAAUAUUGUUUUUAAUUGUUGACAGCCAGUUGUUGACAACCAUGUUUAUAUUGGUGAAGCAUUGUAGUUGAUUGUAAUGUGAAAUGGACGUUUUCUGUUGGUGGUGAGCAAACUUGUCCAUCAAAAAUAUAGGAUAUAUUUGUUGUCUUAAGGGGGAAGGUGUUACAGGCUUUGGUUUUUCCAUUUAUGUUUUGAGGUUGGACUUUAGCACGUAUAGCUCGUUAGCACGUAAGCCAGUCUAGCUCGUUAGCACGUAGGGUGAACUGAUUGGUGUCACCUCGUUAGUCAGUAUGUGUUACACCUGUGCUGGCUUGUCCAUCUCGUUAGUGGGAAGGUGUUUCACCUGAGCUGGUCCAGGUUCUAUUUAAGAGUGUCUGGCCCAGUGCCACAAUUGUCUUGAUAGAUGUGGAGAGUCAACACCUUUAGUUGCUCCACCUUUUUGGUUUGCUUCCUGUCUGUAAGUUUGUUGUGAGUUUUUCUUUUGUUUGCCUCUUCUUGGGCAGAUUUAGUGGGUGUCUUUUAGGUCCCAGUUGAUGUUACUAGUCAACUUUCAGUGGACACCCCCCAUAGUGUCUUUCAGAACCACUCCUAAAAAACAGCUUAUAUUUUGGGUUGGAUAUAGCAUCAUAUGGUUAAUAUUUUAAUCAAUGGCAUUUCUUUACAAUUAGUCUUUCAGUUGUUUUUUUCUCAAGUUUGUACUAAAUAUUUCUCUUUAUUUUCAUAGUUUUUUCCUGUGAAGCCAUUGUGUUGCAUCCAAGUCUGAAAUGUGCUGUAUAAAUAAAGCUUGAUUUGAUUUGAAAA